AUGCGGAUUCUUCUGAUGGGCAGGAAGCGUUCUGGGAAAAGCUCAUCAGGAAACACAAUACUGGGACUAAAGUCCAAAUUUGAAGUUCGAAAACGAAAUAAGAGGCAUGAAGCAGAAGUUUGUGAUGAGAUAACACACAUUGGUCGUAAGCAGGUGCAUGUGAUUGAUCCUCCAGAUCUACUGGAUCCAGAUCUCUCUAAAGAGAAGUUUAAGAGUCUGAAAGAGAAAGUCCUCAUUCUCUGUUCAGCAGGUCUCAGUGCAGUUCUUCUGAUCGUGCCUUUAGAGACAAAAGUGGAAAAUGAGGAAGAGAUUUUAUAUUUGAUUAAAGAUAUAUUAGGACCUGAUGUCCAGAAAUACAUCAUGGUUCUGUUCACACAUGGAGAUGAACUGGAGGAUCUGGACCAGACCAUUGAUGAAUAUCUACCAGACAAAGAUCAUGCGGAUCUACAGCAGCUGGUGACAGAAUGUGGAGGAAGAUUUCACUGUUUCAAUAACAGGAGUAAAGAAAAAGAUCAGGUCACACAAUUACUGCAGAAGAUUGAGAGAAUGGUGGCAGGAAACGGUGGGACAUUCAUCAUGGGACAAAUGAAAAGGAGUGACAGCAAGGGGACUGAUAUUGAUUAUAGAAGCAUGAAUAAUUUAGUCACUCUGGAUGAAAUCAAUCUCAAAUAUGUCACACUGAUCAUUAAAACAGAGAAGUUCAGAGUCGUGUGUAAUUAA